GUUUGCGUAGAGUAAAUAGGGGCCAGUGCCGCCAGGGUCGCUUCUUCGCGUGCGUUAAAAGAAAGCUCAGGAACGUGUCUCGCUUAAGGAGGCUUCGGAAGGUUCGCCCGAACGGUGGACAGCCCGUUUAUUGCGGUAACGUGUUCACAAACAGAGGACCAUGCGGACUUCGUGGGUCCUCUUUUCGGUGUUCCUCUGGGUGUUCUGGAGACUGUGGGAUGCCUUGGUGCCACUCCACGUUGUCGGAACUGUCCUCGGUUGUGCGUGGCUUAUCGGGGCACUGUCCUACGUGCUGUCGCAUCUUUUCUGGAAGUACGUCUUCGUGACCAGCGUCAGCAGCGACGGGAAGGCGGUGGUGAUCACCGGUUGCGAUACCGGCUUCGGACACCGACUCACGAAGAGGUUGUCACGUGACGGGUUUUUGGUGUUCGCCGGCUGCUUGAGCUCGACGAGCGACGGAGCCAAGCAGCUCAGGGCCUCCUCCAACGUCGAAGUACUGCAGCUUGACGUGACAAAGCAAGAACAGGUGGACGACGCGUUACACGCAGUCAAGAAACACUUGGGUGCCAGGGAGCUGUGGUCGGUUGUGGCCAACGCCGGAGUCCUGAGGAGCGGCCUACUGGAAUGGCUGUCGAUGGACACCAUCGUCGACGUCUUCGAUGUUAACGUGUUCGGAGUCCUUCGCGUCACAAAAACUUUCCUUCCCCUUUUGAAGAGAAGCAAAGGCAGGGUCGUCACUGUGGCUAGUCCGCUGGGUCACUUCACGCUGCCCAUGCUGGCGUCCUACUGCAUGACAAAACACGCCACGGUGUCCAUGAUGGACGCUCUGCGCCGAGAGUGCAUCGGCAAGGGCAUCGACGUCGUCACCGUGGAGCCAUCGUCUUACAGGACAGCAAUGUUCACAAUGAUCUCUACAACGAACGCCAUCAUGCGGGAGUUCGAGAAGCAGCCAGCAGAGGUCGUCGCCGACUACAGCCUUGAGGAGGUCGAACAGUGGACCGGGACUACAGGGGGCAUAUUUGACGCUGGCGUCAGGGAAGACCUCGAGGAAGCCGUCGACCUCAUCGAGAAAGCCGUCAGGGAGACUUACCCAAAGGCUCGGUACCGGUCCCCCUGGAGCCUCGGUCGACUCUACGUGUCCUGCAUGUCCUCGCUGCCCAGCGAAGCAGCAGACGUCAUCGUCCACAUUACGCGGCAAGUCCAGCUCAGGAGGAAGUGGAAGAAUGCUGGACGCUUUAAACUAUGAGCGUAGUACAUGAGCGAAGCGAAGUACCAUCGCCGAAGGUUCGAUCUCAGCAGUAGGCUAACGUAUACUCUUUUUAAGGGACACUGAAUAUAAGCAUUUAGCUUAUCCUCACGUAAUAUUUCUCGAUAAGCUUGGCAAACAGAGUAUACACAUCGACACAAGAAAAAUACAAACGCAUGCGUUGUGCAGUUGUCGACUCUCCUUGCCAUGUUAAACAAAAACAAACAGCACACCUCAGAACUCUCGUGUAUGUUUCAUGACUUGAAUUGUACUUUGCGAAAAAAAAUGUUUUUAGAUCUCGCAACAAAAAAAGGUAGUAAACGGUCA